GGACACCACAGGCAGCUGUCCCGCCGGCUACUUCACUGCCGUACUGUACGUGCUCGUGCUGUCAACGCUUUUCCACGUGCAGGUGGCGCUCGAGAACCCGUUUGACGGCAUCGGCAUGGACGACGUCUUCUUCAACAUGGACCGCGAGUUCGCGGUGACGGUGCGGCGGUACGACAGGAGCAGGGCCAGGGCGGCCAGGGAGCUGCAGGAGAGGGAGAGGGAGGAGCAGGAGAGGAACGAGGAACAGCAGCCAGGAGGCGAGGAGGAGCGAGGGCAGGUGGGAAAGGUGGAGACAGCGGCAGUAGCGGCGCCAGGCGGCCGCAGGAAGUCUCAGAUGGCCCAGCAACAGCAGCAGCGGUGGUGCGGCGCUAGCAGCAGCAGCAGCAGCUAUAGCAGCAGAAGCAGCAAGCGUCGAGGCUCCAAGGUAGCGCCCUGCACUGCCACUUCUAGUGCUGCUGUCAAUGCUAGUGGCAGUAGUGCUGCUGCUGCUGCUGCUGCUGCUACUGCGAAUGCUUGCCUUGAGAAGGACAGCGGCAGCAGUACCAACAGCGACGAUGCCCCGAGUGGCAACAACAGUGCGGGCUGCAGUGUUAGUAGACUUCCUGGAGAAGAUCACAAAGGGGGAGGCAAGUCCUUCUCCAUAUUUGUGGACGCCGGAGGAGGGGAGAUUAGAUGUGGCAGCAGUGGAGGAGAAGAACCGGCAACCGCCAGCGGCGGCAGCGGGAG